AUGUUCAACGCUCACAUAAAUGUAGAAUAUUGCAAUUCUGUAAAAUCAAUCAAAUAUAUUUGCAAGUAUGUGAAUAAGGGCAGCGAUAUGGCUGUUUUUGGAGUGGCUCCUGAAAAUAGUCAUGAUGAAAUUUUACAGUAUCAAAUGGGGCGCUAUAUUAGUACGAAUGAAGCUGUAUGGCGUAUUUUAUCGUUUCCAAUUCAUGACAGACAUCCGGUUGUUGUACAUUUGGCAGUUCAUCUUGAAAACGGCCAACGUGUUUACUUCACUGCUGCAAAUGCCGCACAAAAAGCAGUAGAACCACGAGCAACUACACUGACAGCUUUUUUCCAGUUAUGUGAAACGAAUGAAUUUGCCAGGACUUUGCUAUAUUUGGAAGUGCCACACCAUUUCACAUGGAAUGCAUCAACAAAAAAAUUUCAACGUCGCAAACAAGGCACAUCUGUUGAUGGUUAUCCAGGUAUUUUUCGAACAGAUGCUUUGGGACGCAUUUAUACAGUUAGUCCAGCUAAUAUUGAAUGUUUUUACUUGCGACUUUUGUUGGUGAACGUACAUGGACCGCAAUCAUUCCAACAUUUACGAACUAUCAAUGGUCAAAUGUGCGCCACAUACCGUGAAGCAUGUCACCAAUUGCAUUUGCUGGAAGAUGAUACGCAUUGGGAUUCUACGCUUCGUGAUGCAUCAAUUUCAUCUCCACCAAAUCAAAUUCGUAUAUUUGCGAUCAUAAUAUCAACAUGUUUUCCAUCAAAUCCACUGGAAUUGUGGAAUAAAUACAAAGAUUUCAUGGCUGAAGAAAUUUUGAUUCGACUUCAACAUCGUUCCAAUGAUCCUGCAUUGCUGCCGACAUUGGAAAUGUAUAAUGAAGCCUUGAUAAUGAUCGAAGAUUUGUGCCUUACUAUUCCAAAUAAAGCAUUAGGGCAAUUAGGAUUGACUCAACCAAAUCGUCCAAUGCAUGAUUUAUUUGAACGAGAAUUGCAACGCGAACAGCAAUUCGAUCGUGAUGGAUUGCGUGCGUUCGUACAAACGUAUACUCCACAUUUAAAUGAUCAACAAAAAGAUGCAUAUGACAAAGUGAUGCAAUCUGUCAAUGACAACACUGGUGGAUUGUAUUUUUUGGAUGCACCUGGCGGCACUGGAAAAACAUUUUUGAUAUCAUUGAUAUUGGCAACGGUUCGGUUGGAACGAAAAAUCGCAUUGGCACUUGCUUCUUCCGGUAUUGCAGCUACAUUACUUGAUGGCGGCCACACAGCACAUUCCGCCUUUAAAUUGCCAUUGAACAUGCAAGCAAUUGAAACACCAACAUUCAAUAUUUCAAGGAGUUCUGGAAUGGCUAAAGUCUUGCAACAAACAUCGAUUAUUUUAUGGGACGAAUGUCCAAUGGCCCAUAAAAAAUCUUUGGAAGCCUUAAGUCGAACAUUGCAAGAUUUGAGACAGAGUCAACAGCUGUUUGGCGGUGCAUUAAUAUUGUUAUCUGGUGAUUUUCCGUCAAACGUUGCCUGUUAUUCCGAGAUCAACACCAGCUGA